AUGAGCAGUUAAUCCCUCUUCAUGCACUCCAGAAGAUUUUUCUCAACUUCUGGUAGAAAUGUCGUCAUUGUAGGUGGCCGUCGUACUGCAAUUGGAAGCUUUAUGGGUCAACUUUCCAAUAUGACUGGUCCAUAACUCGGAUCAAUGGCUACUAAAGGAGCACUCGCAUCAUGCCACGUUGAUCCAAAGGAAAUCGAAGAAGUCUAUAUGGGCAACGUUAUCUCUGCAGGUUCAGGUCAAGCCCCUGCUAGACAAGUAGCUCUAGGAUCAGACAUGAGAUACGACACAGUAUGUACCACAGUUAACAAGGUGUGCGCAAGUGGAAUGAAAGCAGUAAUGCUCGGAUCCUCAGCCAUCAGACUAGGUGACAGAGAUAUCGUCGUCGCAGGAGGAAUGGAAAGCAUGUCAAAACUACCUCACUACAUUUAUCUUAGAAAACCAACUAGCUACGGUCAUGCUUAAGUAGUAGAUUCAAUCUAAUUCGAUGGUUUGACAGAUGUCUACAAUAAUAUCUUAAUGGGAAGCUGCACCGAAAAGGUUUGCUCAGAGAUGGGAAUCACCAGAGAAGCCUAAGACGAGUACGCAAUCAAGUCCUAUCAUAGAGCCAGAGCAGCACAGGAAAAGGGAAUUUUAGAUUGGGAGAUUGUAGAUAUUGUCGAGGAAAUCAAAGGCAAGUAGGUUAGAAUUAACAAAGAUGAGGAAUGCCAGAAAUUCUUGCCUGAAAAGUUCCCACAACUCAAGCCAGCCUUUGCCAAAAAUGGAACCAUUACAGCUGCCAACUCCUCUAAGCUUAAUGACGGUGCUUGUUCAUUCAUUCUUAUGAGCGAGCAAGCUGCCAAGGAUAGAGGACUUAAGCCUCUUGCUAGAAUUCUUGGCUACGAUGAUGCUGAAGUCGCCCCCAUUGAUUUCGGUAUUGCCCCAACCAAGGCAUGCAAGAGCCUCUUGAACAAGCUCAAGAUGAACAUUAAAGAUGUCCAAUAUCAUGAAUACAAUGAAGCUUUCGCUGCUGUUGUUCUCGCUAAUAUGAAAAUGCUCGAUAUCGACCCAGAAACUGUUAACGUUCAUGGUGGUGCUGUAGCUCUAGGUCACCCUAUUGGUAUGAGUGGUGCUAGAAUUAUUUUGAGUUUAAUCAAUGUUUUGAAGUAAAAGAAUGCCUCAGUUGGUAUGGCCAGUAUUUGCAACGGAGGUGGUGGUGCCUCAGCCAUUAUGAUUGAGAGACUCAACUGA